UUACGCUUCGUAGCGCACAGCCUGCCGGACCCGCAUUCGAAGAAGAAGAUAAACAUGGCGGAGGUCAGGCAACGAUUUGGCAAGGGAGCGUACGACUUUGCGCACAAAAUAUACAACCGUCAACUCCUGGAAAGUCCCAAUAAGCCGGUUAAAGCUGCAGCACAGGCGUCGCAUCUGUCGGCCGGGUUUCUGCCGGGUGGCAUUAAAAGGGGCGACCUGUACGGAGCUGAAAAUGCUGCGGACAGAGUGACCGUUGGAGCUUCACGGGACAGUUACACAAGGGUAACGCCGGUGCUCGGUGCUCUUACUGACAUGUGGGAAAGGGGAAAUGUUGUUGAAUAUUACUGUUAUCGCAGACGUAGAGAGUAUUCACUUUUUAACAAGACCCGGGUUCAAAUUAUAGAGAGAAACCUCCCUCGGUGCCGGACUAACGCCAAGUUUCGGAGGACUUUCUGCACCUCCAGCCCCUACAGUCGGCGUUUGUGUUGGGGACACGGGCAGUUUGUGUUUAUCCGGGAUUACGGAGGCAACGGGACCCGAUCUGAGCCCCUGUACAAAACCAAAACAGGCUAUUAUGAAAUACUGGAGGUUUUACCUACCGCCACUCACGCCCAGAUAAAAACAGCCUACUACAAGCAGUCCUUCGUCUACCACCCGGACCGGAACGCCGGCACGGAGGAGGCCACUGUCCGCUUCUCUGAGAUCAGCGAGGCCUACACGGUGCUGGGGAACAAGGCACUGAGGAAGAAGUACGACCGGGGGCUGCUCAGCCAGUCAGACCUCACUGCAAACGCCAGACCCGCCGCCAAGGACAGAACCGGGAGCCCCGCGAAACAGCAGGCCGAGAGCCGUCGGUCUGUCGUGGGCGUGGACACCGGAGGAGGCGUCUUUGACUUCGACAAGUUCUUCAAGUCGCACUACAACGAGCAGCUGCAGAGACAGAGGGACAUCCGAGUCCGCAAAGAGGAGCGGCAGAAGGAGAAACAGGAGGCGAUGGGCGAGAGGAGGCUUGGCAGGAUGAUGGAGCUUUGCGUCGGGGUGAUGUUGCUGAUGGCUGCCGGUAUAAUGAUCAGCUUAAAACGCGGGUGAGGGAGGAGGUUGUAGUGUGAGGGACUGUUGCCCUAGCUAGGAUUACUGGACACGGACAUACAUUGACUGUGGGACCCUUGAAUUGCCAUCGACUUUCACACUUGUGACUUCUGUUAAGCUUAAGCCCCUCGCUAUCACCUCUCUGUGGAAGGAGACAUGAAACACCAUCAUCUUUUGGUUCAAGGCGACACAGUGCAGUUUUCUAUAGAUCACAUUGUCCUCCUGCAAGCUGCUAACCAAAGACUAAAGAGGUAUAUAUGCAUAGAGCUGUAACAGGUCAUCUCCAGAAAAUGAAUUGGAAUCUAGAUUGAUAAUCAGUUUUCCUGUCACAAGUCUCUUUUUUUCAAGAACAAAUGCCAAACAAAUGUGAGAAUUUGCUGCCUUUUUUUGUCCUGUGAUAUUAAACCGAAUGUUGUUGGGUUUUGGACUAUUGGUUGAAGAAAACAGGCGAUUAGAUUAUGUUACUUCAUGAUUAUUUGGCCUUUUUUAGACCAAAUGAUCAAUCAGUACUAACAAUAAUGUAUAAUUACAGACCUAUACUACUUCUUAUUUUGUGUGAAUACAGUAUUCAUUACUUUUUCUGUAAAGCAAAUAGUUUAACGGAAAGAAAUCACUGUCACCUGUUGCACUGUUUUUUUUUUUUUUGCUUGAUCCAGUCUUUGUCACUCAGUCUGUAAGUCACACAGUCAGCGUGACACUCAGCAGUAAUUCCCCACUGUGCCAAGCAUGUUGUAAACAUGUUGCCACAUGCUGAUAGAGGAAGAUUCAGUGGUUCAUUUACAACCUGGUAGUCCUAUGGUUCAACUCCGUUGGCUUUUAUAAAGUCUUCUGUCUAGUAGAUCUCUUUAAUUUUAAUGGUGACGGAAGUUUUGAUGAGGGUUUAUUGCUAUUUAUGAAAUAUUUGUAACAAUGGAAGGGAUAUCGGAUCAGUCAUGUCUUGAGAGCCCAUUAAACAGCAUAAGCUUACAGUUCCUGAAUGCCCCUAAGUUAAGACUGUGCCUUGGAUGAUAUUUAUUGUUGGUUUUAUUGUCCAGAUAUUUGACGAAUAAAUUCUGAUUAGCUCCCGUCAGAGCAAAGUGAAAUAAAUGUCAA